AUGUCCAUGGAUCCUUCUAAGAAACCUAACAAGAUCAGAGAAAUUGUGAGGCUUCAACAGCUUCUUAAGAGAUGGAGAAGGGUGGCAAACUCUUCAAAAACAAGCAGAAGUAACAACAACAGCAACAGCAACACCAGCAGAAGCAUCAAAUUUCUCAAAAGAACACUUUCUCUGUCUGAACGUGAGGGAGGAGGAUCGGGCAGUGUUGUUCCCAAGGGCUACGUUGCUGUUUGUGUUGGUGUGGACCUUAGCAGAUUCGUUAUACCAACCGAGUAUUUGGGUCACCAAGCCUUUCACAUGCUACUCAGAGAAGCCGAGGAAGAGUUUGGGUUUGAACAAACUGGGGUUCUCAGAAUUCCUUGUGAAGUGUCCUUGUUCGAGAGUAUCUUGAAGAUAGUGGAGAGAAAGGACAAGUUUUUCACUCAGAAAUGCAGAUUUAGCAUCGAGAAAAUGAUGGGAUACUGCUCCUCCAACCACCUUGCUUAUUCUCAUCAACCUCAAAGUCCAAUGUGCAGAUAG